AUGCAGACAAUCUGCCACCUAGAGACUGAAAACAUCGACCAGCAUGACGCAGAAAAGGCGGGUAUUCAGCAACAAUUCAUGUCUUUAGAAUCAAACUCCGACAAACCCUACUUCUUCAUUCCAUACCAGGAAGAAUACCUUGACGAAAUGGAUCGAGACUAUCCAACCUACAACCCGGACAUAGACGACCGUUUCAAUAUAGGAGAGUUACAUCUCUACAUGGAAAGCCGCUUUGGGACAUAUCCAAAAGAUGACAAUAAGCGUUUCGGUGUUGGCUACAAAGCAUGGCCAGACCUCAACCUCGGGGAGCUAGCCGAACAUUCCAAGUACUAUUGGACGGCGUCCUUCACAGGCUUUGCACUAACCACCCAUGAGCCAUUACCCCAUAUGAAAUGCCUCAUGGAGAGUGAAGUCGCUGGAGACGAUCGAUUACUUCGAGGUGAACUCAUUGCCAUUGUAAAAAUCAUGACAGCUCGGUUGAACACAAAGUCCCUCCGCACUCAUACGGUGGCCCCUGUUCUGUUAUAUUCCAUAAUGGGUCCAGAACAAAUUCGUGUACUGGAGGCUUAUUUCAAUGGUAAGAAUCUUAUAAUUCGAAAAACCAAGUUGUACGAUAUGAAGCAGGAGGACAUGGCAACGGUAGACCUACUUACCCGGUGGUGGUUGGGAUUUGCUGUCGGCGAGACGAAGUUAAUCAAAACAGCCUCUCUUCCUUAG